CAGCAUUUCUUCCUUUGACGCCAAAAUUUCUGCCUCCUCAAAAAUUAUUCAAAUAUCUCACAAUAAUUCUUAACAAAUUUAAAUACCCAAAAAAAGAGAAAAUAAAAAUAAAAAUCCAAACCAUGCAACAACCGGAAGGAGUUGCUUCCGUUCAGCAGCAAUAAUAAUUAAAUAUUAGCAAUCAAGCCUUAAAAUAGUAGUAGUAAUAAUAAUAAUAAUAUAAUGACUCAAUUGAUGUCUCCUGUUUGCACAGAUGGUCUUAAGAUUCAAAACCAGUGGUUAAUUUUAGGUUCAAAUUCAAGAUUGAUUCCAUCAAAGACCAAUAGUCCUUGGAGUAAUAAACGAAGAUCACCAUUAUCAUCAGGCUUUCGUAGAAUUAAGGUUGCAACUAGCGAUUCCUCUUCGGUUGCCGAUGAUUAUUAUGCUGUUCUUGGCCUGCUUCCAGAUGCUACACAAGAGCAGAUUAAGAAAGCUUAUUAUAAUUGCAUGAAAGAAUGUCAUCCAGAUUUGAGUGGCAAUGACCCAGAUACUACAAAUUUCUGUAUGUUCAUUAAUGAGGUCUAUGCGGUGCUGAGUGACCCUGUUCAGCGGAUGGUGUACGAUGAAAUUCAUGGAUAUGCAUUAACAGCAGUCAAUCCUUUUUUGGAUGAUUCUAUCCCUAGGGAUCAUGUAUUUGUUGAUGAGUUUAGCUGCAUAGGGUGCAAAAAUUGUGUCAAUGUGGCCUGUGAUGUAUUCAAGAUUGAGGAAGACUUUGGUAGAGCCAGAGUACACGGCCAGUGUGGAAACUCUGAAUUAGUGCAACAAGCAAUUGAAAGUUGCCCAGUUGAUUGUAUCCAUUGGACUUCUGCAGCGCAGCUAUCUUUGCUCGAGGAUGAAAUGCGGAGAGUAGAAAGAGUAAAUGUUGCCCUAAUGCUUUCGGGAAUGGGAUCCGGAGCAGUAGAUGUUUUCAGAAUGGCAAGUUCUCGAUGGGAAAAACGGCAAUCAAAAGUCUUGGAGCAAGCUAAAAUAAGGAUGAUGAACCAAAAGGAUUCCAAUAAAACUGGAUCAUCAUACUGGAGCGAUCUCUGGGGGAAGCCGAAAGACUACAAAAGAUCAGACGAGGAAGUGAAGGAGAGAGCGAAUCGAGCUGCUGCAGCAGCUCGAAGAUGGAGGGAGUACUCGCGGAAAGGCGUUGAUAAGCCUCCUACUUUUAAACUCCCCGAGGCAAUCCCCAACAAGGAAAAAUGAUCAGUGUAUAUGUCGACUAAUUCCCCAGCAGGUUAGAGAAGAUUCAGGAUUUUCUAUCCAAUCCUGUAACCUUGUAAAUUAUAUUGAUAUUUAGACUGUAUAUAUGAUUUGAACAAAUUACAAGCUAAUUCAUAAAGCCAAAAAAUAAUUAUGCAUAGAACAAAGAUUCGAGUUCACGUUUGCAA